CGAAAAACAGUAGCUAGUUGUCAGACAAGACAAGUAACACGGGGCCUCUCUGGUGUAAAUCCGACAACUCCGUUGGAAAAUACUUUUUUCAAGUAAUCGCUUUUAUCUCGUGUACAGAGGACAAGAUAUAGACUUCAAGCAUCCACAAUGAAAUCUCCAAAAAUGAAAUCUCAGAACAAAUCGCAAUUUCUUGAAGAUGACGACGGUCUUCAUGCUGUGUUAUGCGAGUUCGACGCAGUCAUUGAGGACUUCACGUCCCCCAUGGAAAAGAGACAUUUCAGAUACGACGAACACUUAAAAACUGUGAAAAGGCGGAGUAGCGCCAGCGUCAGCGACAGCGGCAUCAGCGAUUCAGAAAGUGCAGAGUCCCUCAACAGAAACAGUUUCAGCUUCAGCGAUGAGAAGCUGAACUCCCCCACCCCAGUGUUCUCUCCUACGCCUACCUAUCUGACCGCUUCAUCAACUAGAGCUAAGCUUGGUGACACUAAAGAACUGGAGGACUUUAUUGCUGACCUCGACAAGACAUUAGCAACCAUGUGACCUGGAGCCAGGGCUGGGAGAUACCCACUCCAGGAAGACUGAGCAGGGCCAAACCUUGUGGUUCAGCGAGAAUAGCGCAAAGCCGAGAUGUGGUAUAAUGUUCAACAGACUGACCGUUUCCCCCACUGCCCUGCGUGGUGCUUCUUAAUGGGGAAACAUGUGCUGUAAUAUUAUUUAAAUGGCUUAUUAUAUUUGUAAAUUUGUAGAGUUGUUUAUUGUAAAUUUUAUCCAUACUGCUUUUUUUUGUGAAAUAUAUUUUUGUAUUUGAUGUAAAUAUGGAUUCAGAUUUUAUUGCUUCUGUAUAAAUAGCUUAAAAUAGCUUAAAUUGUGUGUUGUUUUUUGUGUUUGUAUUACUGUGAACCCUAAUUUACAACUGGAAAGCAAAAGAUAAUGAUAUACAUCAUAUUUAAUGCUUAAAAUAUUCAAUAAAAUUGGAUUUAAGAAAACAGUAACGAAACCAGUCUACCAGUCAUUCAAUUAUAACUGGAAAGUUCAGUGCCUUUUCCCUCUGCCGUCUGCCCCCUUAAAAUAUAUAUAUUUUUUUAAAAACUCAAGUCUCUUAAUGGGAAACCUAAAGCCUAAAAUCUAUUCUUUACAAUCUGUUGACUGUAAAUUGUUCUUUCCACUCACAAUACAAUUAAAACAAUCAAUUGCAGUUGAAACUUAGCAGAAAUCAGGAUAUCUGUCUUGUGAAUUAUGCAUGAACUCACAUCAGCAAAUGACCACUGUCAUAUAUUUACAAAUGAUUGUGGUGUUAUCUGUAGGUCUAUAGAGUAAUUUUGACUCUUUUGCUUCAAUGAUGAAUAAAUUGUUCACUGAAAAGAAA